CGCGUACAUCACACUCCGUCGCUGUUAAGAAGCAAUUUGAUGCUUCGUAUCUGUCCUUGCUGUGUGUGUCUUUUCUCUAGUCAAUCUUCUCUAUCGCGAUGACGAUUAGCGAGUAUAGUGGCGACGCUGCAUAUUAAACGUUUUACUUAGUUACGUUUCAAGAGCAAAGAGACAUUAGUAAAAUUAUGGACGGAAAACUAUACUUUGCCUGUAUCGCGUUCGUGUUCUGCAUUUGCGCAGUUCCUAGUUUAGGAAUAUCGGAACUAAAAUUGGUGCAUGUCUUAUUCGCGCAUAAAUUGUACGCGCCAGAGCAAGACGAUGUGGAAAAGAACGAGACAAGUAUUCCGCAAAUCUUAUCGUACGAGCACUUUAUUUCCGUCGAGACUACCAUGCCGGAAAGCGCGUAUCUCAACUUAUACAAUCUCGGCGUUUAUUUGCGUGAGACGUACAACGAAUUUCUAGGCGACACGUACAUGUCGAAAACGGUAAAGACACGCACAACCGAAUUCGUUCCAUCGAUAUUAUCGUCCCAGCUUGUAAACGCCGGUUUGUGGCCACCCUUGGGGAAUCAAACGUGGAACGAGAAUCUUAACUGGCAGCCUAUACCGAGUGACUAUCUGGAGCUGAAGGAAGACACGUUGCUGCUCGGUUCUCUAUGUCCGAAAUUUAUUUCACAGAUGAACGAAGUGUUGCAAACGGAUGAAAUGCGAAAAACGAUGGCACCGUAUCAAUCUCUGUUUGAUCAUCUGUCUCGUUACACUAAAAGGAACAUCAGCACGCCGUCAGAUGUGGCCGCUCUGUACGCUACGUUAGAAACAAUGGCUGAUCGAAAGAAGAUAUUACCUCAUUGGGCAAACGACGUGUUUCCCGACGGUACAAUGUCCAACGUCACCUUGCUGGAAUACGAUCUUCUUUCGGCAACUCCUUUGCAGCGGCAGCUGAACGGCGGGACUCUCUUAGCCGAAAUUAUCGGCAAUUCGUUGAAGUAUGAAAGGGGCGAUAUAUCGAGGGAACGAAAGAUGAUGCUGUAUAGCGGUGACGCGAGAAAUAUCGUCGGAGUUUUGAAAAAUCUCGAUUUCUGGUCGCCUCACAUACCCGAAGAGGCAGCUGCGUUAAUCUUCGAGCUACAUCUCGACAACGACACAGGCGCUUAUGGAAUGAAAACUAACUAUUACACCGGCGUUGACGGUACAACAAUUUCUCUGUUACUGCCAAACUGUCAUCGCACAGAAAUAUGUCCAUUGCAAACUUUGAUACACAAUACUUUUGCCACUAUACCAGAAAAUCCGCAUUCUCUGUGCGGAUGGUUCGUCGAAGCUGCAAUUCAAACAGAAACUCAAUCAGAAGAAAGCAAACCAUCCGAUUCUUCAAACAACAGUGGAUCUACUUUGCAUCGCGAAACCAAUGUAAUGUUUACUUUGAUGUUAAUCUAUUUCACCGCUCGUAGCUCUUUUCUAAGAUAGUAAAGAAAAACAUUUGUAAUCGAAAGUACAAUACAACUUCAAUAUAUAAAAUUAUAUCAAAAUGAUAAUUUUUUGUUAUUUUAUAAAUAUUAAAAAAGAUUAUGAAUUAUAUUAAAAGUGUUAAUGCGCAAAAUAGCGAGUGAGAAUAGAAAUUGUCGGCGAACACAACGAAUACGCUUGCUCCAAAAUAAGGCGAUUUCGCAACGCUUCUGCAAAAUCUUUCAGAGCGUUCGACCAUUGUUUCUCGACAACGUUGAGAUUCAACUCAGCGUUUUCAAGCUCCUUUUCCACGUAGCGCAGUUUCCAGAGAUCCGCGACGUGAGAUAUCGCGUUUCUCGCGGAUCGAGAUUUUUCAAUGCUCGGUAUAAUCGUGCGAUAUUUCUGCAGAGCAACGUCCAGCGCGUACAGCACGAGACGCAACUUAUUUCUCAUCGUAUGCGUAUUUUGAUCAAUUUCCGAUGUGCCGCGCAUAGAUUGAAACCAUGUCAAUUUCGUUAUCAAGUGAUCGAUCACCUUGACGCAUAUCGGUAACGAGUUACACAGUUCCAGAAUUAUUUGUAUACGAUAUAUCCA